AUGACUACUCCAAAUAAAAUUAGCCACCGUCAAUUGGAAAAGAGCUUUUUCAAACAAAACCAACAAUUAUACCUUUUAGUUCUAAAAAACAACGAUGAUAUUCAAAAAAUGAAAAAUGAUAUCAAUGAUAUCAAAAAGCUACUAGAUAAAAAAACUGACGAUUUAUCUCCUCAAAUUCUUGAUAUAC